AUGGAUUCUCUUACCCUUAACAUACUUCUGGGGCCUCAUGUUCAGAUUUUUUUAGUUGGAGCAACGUUGUUCAUUCUCAUUGGCAUUAUAUUUGCUCGUACAUUUCCGCGAACCAAGCAAGUCGAAGAAGACCAUAACACCUUCACAUCAUUUCUACGAUUCUUCUAUGCAUCAUUCUUGAAGCCGCAUACUGGUGACGAAACAGGAAAUGGGCAACAAGACGCUUUGGAGAGCUUCUAUCAGGCACAAGCCGGCGUGUAUGAUGCCACGAGAAAAAGGCUUUUACGCGGCCGCGAAGACAUGCUAGAGUUGGUGGCUGCUCAACUCGUCAAUAAGGCCUCAAAUGAGAGAACACACGAUAGCAAGCGUAUAUGGGUAGAUAUUGGUGGUGGAACGGGAUGGAACAUUGAGGCUAUGUCUGCCUUUGUUUCUGUGCCAGACUUCUUCUCCAGUGUAUACCUGGUCGACUUUUCUCCAUCUCUUUGCGAGGUAGCUCGCAAGCGCUUCGCUCGUUUAGGCUGGAGUAAUGUCAAAGUAAUUUGCCAAGAUGCUAGAACCUUUCGCUUGGAGGAUCACGAGCAUGGCUCUGAGAGCUAUGAAGCUGCUAUCCCUUCACCAACCUCGAAUUACUUUGGAACCCAGCGUGACGAAGGCAGUGUGGGAGGCGCAGAACUUCUCACACUUUCCUACAGUCUUUCUAUGAUACCAGACUUCUAUUCGGUAAUCGAUUCCUUGAGUAGUCUACUCGCUCCAGCUGGCGUUAUUGGGGUUGUGGACUUCUACGUUCAAUCAAUUGUUGAUCUCAGUUGCAGAAACUAUACCGGGGGUGCUAUCAAUCGCCACGUCAAUUGGUUUGCACGUCAUUUCUGGCGGGCGUGGUUUGACAUAGACCGUGUUGGUCUGGAGGCUGGACGGAGAGAUUACCUUGAGUAUCGAUUCGGCUCGGUUCUCAGCGCGGAUUCCCGCAACUAUCUUUUGGGCUCUAUCCCGUAUUACGUUUGGAUAGGAUGCUCCAAACGUCCAAGCUCCUUUUUAGCUACACCAAGUUAUCCUCACGAGAUAGUAGAGCGACUUGACGCUGCCGUCACCGAAUCUCCCUACCUGUCACCAAUCAACCACACGAAAGCAAUAUCGACUUACGUCGAGCGAUCAACACCUCCAGAGCUUAGAUCCAAAGCAUUUGAUGCGGCCGUCGUUAAUUUGUCUGCAAAUUUACCGUUACCUUCAUUCUUCUACCAAAAUCACCAUUGGCGGAUUUACUAUGACGAUACUUUGAAGAAGCAUGCGCAAUUCAAGCAUGAAUACAUCUAUGCUUUCACCUGGGAAGACUCUCGUGUAGAUCAUCGGUUGCUAAAACUUGAUUCACACGACGUUGUCCUUGCAAUCACGAGUGCCGGGGAUAAUAUCCUUUCCUACGCCUUAUCAUCGCCAGCGCGAAUUCAUGCUGUGGAUCUCAAUCCAAAUCAGAACCAUCUUCUCGAACUUAAAGUUGCCUCAUAUACCGCCCUAUCAUAUGUAGACUUCUGGAAAUUAUUCGGAGAGGGUAAGCAUGCGAAUUUUCGCUCGCUUCUUCAUUCUCGUUUAUCGCCUCACCUGUCAUCUCGCGCCUUCCAAUAUUGGGUCAACAAUGCUCACAUUUUCGAAUCCAAGCAAGGUAGAGGUCUCUAUGAUACUGGCGGCUCCCGUCAUGCAAUUCGCGUCGUAAGACUUCUCGCCGUUGCUCUGGGUUUCCGAUCGCAGAUAAAGAAACUUCUCCAGGCUAAGACACUCAACGAGCAGCGAGAGAUAUGGCACAGCAAAAUCCGUCCUCUCCUGAUGUCUCGUUUACUUUCAUACUUCAUAGUAUCCUCAGAGAAGUUUUUAUGGGCUGCUCUUGGUGUCCCUCAUAACCAGCUUGCCAUGUUGGAAGCAGAUUACCUCACCUCUGAGUCAAUUACAAACACUUCGUCGUCAAGUUUGCCGCUUGGACAUUCUGAAAAAGAAUUGAAUUCCAGCAGGGGUCAGGCCGUGUGGGAAUAUAUGGUUCAAACUCUUGAUCCAGUCAUCGAGACUUCAUUGAUUGGCGACGACAAUCCUUACUAUCUCGUCUGCCUCCAGGGAUCAUACUCUCAACGCUGCCAUCCCGAUUAUCUCAAACCAAAGUCACACCAAAAACUCUCUCGCGGUAGUGCUUUUGAUGGUCUUCGUGUCCAUACUGACGAGAUCAAUGAGGUGGUCAAUCGACUUGCUCCUGGCACGCUUACAGUUGCAGUGAUUAUGGAUUCGAUGGAUUGGUUCGAUCCUGGAGCAGAAGCGGCAAAUGUUCAAAUAUCCAAAUUGAACCGGGCUCUCAAGUUAGGAGGUCGCGUUCUGCUUAGAUCUGCGGCACUGAAACCUUGGUACAUCGCCCACUUUGAGUCACUUGGUUUUGUCGCAAAAAGGGUUGGAGCUAGGAUUGGAAACACGUGUAUUGAUCGAGUCAAUAUGUACGCCUCAUGUUAUCUGCUUACUAAGGUCGAGAACAUCACUCCACUCACGCCAAAAUUGCCAACUCGCGAGAACUCAGUUGACCUGGAUCAACUUGAAAUUUGA